AUGGCGUCUGGGAGUUCAUAUGAAGAACAGCAAAAACGUCUGCAGACUUUGUUUGAUGCGGCUUCUACGCCUGAAUCGACUCAAGACCCGUUUGAAGAUGAUGGGGAGUAUGGAUCGGACCAAGAAUAUCAACCGUCUGGCGAUGAGUCUACGAGUUCGGAGGAUGCAACAAAAGUUUCGCAAACAAGAGGCGUACGCCGGAAUACAACUAUCUUAUCGUCCGGUGAGUCCUUAUCAACUUCAUCUAGUGACACUGACGAUGAUCACGACAGAACUUUGUGUUCUGGCUCCGAGGAACUUCGACCAAUUCAUGAACGUGAACAAUUGAGUUAG